UGGAUGACUACUAAUCCCAGCAUGCCAUUCGGCACUCCAGUAAAUUACAGGGAAGAGCGGGAUAACCCCAUUGCAUGCAGGGAAUUGCAGUCCAUUUAGCGGCUGGUUCAUAGAUGGGCGGGGAAGAGCCGGGUUGCUCUUGUCCGCUGAGAAUGAUUCAUAGAGGAGGGUCAGGAAAGAACGGUUCAGUCUGUGAAAGCCCCCUUAAAAGACUGGACACUUCUCCGAGGGAGGGAGAGGGAGGAGAGCAAGCAGGACCUUGGGCCUGACUCCGCCUCGGUCCGCUAGCCAGGCCUCGACCAAGUCCUGGGCCUUGUCGGGGGCGGCCGUGAGGCGCCGGUUGCUGGGGGAGCGGUGACGUCGCGGGGUGAAAGUUGAGGGGCGGUGACGUCGGGCCGGCCCGGGCGGAGGCUGGCGGGUUGGAGGCAGGAGGGAGGGAGGGAAGGAGGGAAGGAAGGAAGCUGGGAAGGAGCGAGCGGGGGCGCGAGGCGUUUACCUGGAGGCAGCGGCUUGGGCGCGCAGAGCGGCCGCGGCUCCCCCGCACCUGCGGCCAUGGAUGAGGAGCGCGCCCUCUACAUCGUCCGGGCCGGCGAAGCGGGGGCUAUCGAGCGGGUCCUGAGGGAUUACAGCGACAAGCAUAGGGCUACUUUCAAAUUUGAAUCAACAGAUGAAGAUAAAAGAAAGAAACUCUGUGAAGGCAUAUUUAAAGUCCUUAUAAAGGACAUCCCAACAACAUGUCAAGUGUCGUGCCUGGAAGUACUCCGCAUUCUCUCCAGAGACAAAAAGGUUUUAGUUCCUGUAACAACUAAGGAAAAUAUGCAGAUACUGCUGCGACUAGCCAAACUAAAUGAGUUAGAUGAUUCUUUGGAGAAAGUAUCAGAGUUCCCAGUUAUUGUGGAGUCAUUAAAAUGUCUGUGUAAUAUAGUGUUCAACAGUCAGAUGGCACAGCAGCUCAGCCUGGAACUUAAUCUUGCUGCAAAGCUCUGUAAUCUCCUGAGAAAGUGCAAGGACCGGAAAUUUAUCAAUGACAUUAAGUGCUUUGACUUGCGCUUGCUCUUCCUUCUGUCACUUUUGCACACCGACAUCAGGUCACAAUUGCGCUAUGAGCUCCAGGGACUACCGCUGCUAACCCAGAUCUUGGAAAGUGCCUUUAGCAUCAAGUGGACCGAUGAGUAUGAAUCGGCCAUAGACCAUAAUGGACCUCCUCUCUCACCUCAGGAGACGGACUGUGCCAUUGAGGCCCUCAAAGCUCUCUUCAAUGUGACAGUAGACAGUUGGAAGGUGCAUAAAGAGAGUGAUUCUCAUCAGUUCCGUGUAAUGGCAGCUGUCCUUCGUCAUUGUUUACUAAUCGUAGGUCCAACUGAAGACAAAACAGAAGAGCUACACAGCAAUGCAGUCAACCUUUUAAGCAAUGUUCCGGUCUCUUGUUUGGAUGUUCUCAUUUGUCCAUUAACCCAUGAAGAAACAGCCCAAGAGGCAACGACUCUAGAUGAACUGCCCAGUAAUAAAACAGCUGAGAAAGAAACAGUUUUGAAAAACAAUACCAUGGUAUACAAUGGUAUGAAUAUGGAGGCCAUUCAUGUUUUACUCAAUUUUAUGGAGAAGAGAAUAGACAAGGGAAGCAGCUAUAGAGAGGGUCUAACUCCAGUUCUCAGCUUAUUAACCGAAUGUUCCCGAGCCCAUCGAAACAUCCGAAAAUUUCUCAAAGAUCAGGUUUUACCACCGUUGAGGGAUGUGACAAAUCGACCUGAAGUUGGCUCAACUGUGAGAAAUAAGCUGGUGCGCCUCAUGACACAUGUUGACCUUGGAGUCAAGCAAAUUGCUGCUGAAUUCCUUUUUGUCCUUUGCAAAGAGAGAGUGGAUAGUCUGCUGAAAUACACUGGCUAUGGGAAUGCUGCAGGACUGUUGGCGGCCAGGGGCCUCUUGGCUGGAGGAAGAGGAGAUAAUUGGUACUCAGAGGACGAGGACACAGACACUGAAGAAUACAAAAAUGCAAAACCAAAAGAGGAGUUGCUUAAACCAAUGGGACUAAAACCUGAUGGGACAAUAACGCCUUUGGAGGAAGCACUCAACCAGUAUUCUGUCAUCGAAGAGACCAGCUCUGACACAGACUAAAAGCAUCACCUGCUCAACUCUCAAUAUUGCUUUAUCAGCAUCUUUUCUCUGUAGCUCCAGGGGAAUCUUUUCUCUAAAACAUUUAUGCCCUUGCUUUGGCUAGAAACACAUUAACUGGUUUACUCAUUGAGAAUCCAGCAUAUUUAAGAGGUGACCCUGUGUUUUUUGCGAUAUUGAGGUAUUCAUACAGAGCUGCAGUUAGACAGGGUUACAGGGGCUAGAAGCAGAAAAAAAAUUCCAUUUCAUCAGGAUGGAAUUGAAGGAUUUUAUUCUACAAAGCGGCCCUGGUUGAAUCUGGCAAUUCUUUUUGCCAAGCUUCUUAGCAGAAGAUUUAGCCAUGUCCUUCCCCUCACUUGUGUGAGUGGCCCCUUCUGAAUCUCUCCAGCAGCCAGAGGCACAUGAGAAACAGAAUGAGCUGGUAAAUAAAGCCUUGGGCAAUCGACUUCUUAGAUCAGAACUCACCAAAUGGAAGCCUAGCAGCUGCUCCAUAAACCUAGCCCCAUUCUUCAUAUCAAUUUUGUAUAAAUAUAUGGAAACACACACACAGCCUCAGACUUACAAACUGAUUAUACUCUAAAAGUUUGUAUGUCACUUAGCUAAAACUUCAGAAUACAUUUCUCCCUAUAAAGAGUUAUAAAUGAUGGUUUAGUUCUCAGGCAGCUACAAAUGCCUAUUUAUUCCCUAAUGUACCUGAACACUAGUACCAUAGAACUGAACCACCAUCUGUAUCAGUGCAUGGGGAGUAUGCAUUCUGAGGUCUAACCCGGGGUGCCAGGAACACACACAUCCUCCAUCCCAGCAGAGAGAAUGGGGGCUCCCUGAGUAAUGGGAGUUCUUUCGUGGCCUCUGCUUGGGGUGGGGGAGUCAGCAGCACCCAUUUGUACAUAUAGGUCAUUCAUACAUCACGUUUUAAAUUGGGAACUGUGUGUGUGCUGGUGUGUGUGUGUGUUCUACGUUUCUACCAUAUGUGAUCAGUUUAAUAGUAACUUUAUUUAUUUAAGAAAAAGAAACACAAUUAGUUACUGUUAAACUGAUAAAGGCUGUUUAUUUUUACUUUUAGAAUUGGUCCUAUGGAGAAGGAGAAAGUGAGUCAUGCACUAGACAGUGGGCCUAGCUCAUCAGCGGCUAAAGUUGAAAAGGGGUUGGUUUCCUGUAUAUAUAUGUAUGUAUAUACACACGUACAUACAUUCAUAUAUAUACAUAUAUACAUAAUGUGCUUAACCACUGCCUUUUAAAACUUUAAAUAAAACAUUGGGGUUGAUUCAAUUUGGCCAUCUGUGUGUGUUUCUUUAUAGAUACAUGGGCUAAACAAUACUAUUUCACAGUUUAUGCUUUUUAAAGUGCUUUUACAUCCAUUGUCCCACUUCUAAUAGCCUUUUUAAGGACAGGUAAAGUACAUGGAGUAUUAUGAAAAGGUCAUUUAUCCAGAAGUUACCUCUCUGGCAAAGCAAAAAACUCGGGAAUUGAGUUGUAAAAGGCCUUUCAGCUGCCAGAGGAGAUGUCACAAAGCUUCUUGCGACUUACUUGUGGGAGAGAUCUUCAGGAAUAUCACUCUUAGACUUUGAACUGAAAUUUGCAUACGCUUCCAACAUGUUUUAUUAGCUGGCUUUGAAGCUCACAAAAAAUGGCAAAGAAAGAGGCUGCUAGAUUGAAGGCAGGCAUACUGAAAGAAGAAAAAGGCCAACUGAAAACCAGAUAGAUGAGAAGAAUAAAACUUCAAGACGUAGCAAAUCUGGGACUAUCUCCUUACCAAAGGAUACUCUAGUUGGCCCCGAAAAUGUGUGUAUUAACAAUAUGGCCCAUAGACUAAAUCUCAUAUUGGUGACCCUGAGUUUUUUUAAAAGAAGAAAUUAAAUCCAGAAUGCUUUAUAAAAGGCUAGGAAGAAGGCAAUACAUGUUAGAAUUUCAUCCAAAAUAUUUGAGGAGAGGUGAGUGACCCAGGUUUUAACCAACAGCAAAAGAAAUGGGCAAUUCAUAAUUUUAGAUUAAGUGAAAAAAAGUUUAGAAAAAAUUCAAGUAUUUUUGUUAUUUCAUUCUACAAAUGCAUUUUUAAAGUAUUUUUAUAAUUUCUAUAAUCAAAUAGCUUUGGCAUGCAUGUCAGCUUAACGAACUGAAGAUGUGUUUAAUGAAAUGCCAUCUUACCAGCUUUCUUUAUGCAGAGUAAGUGUUUGAACAGUCCUGUUUCAGUAGCUGUGCUCUUCUGCUUUCAGUGAAUUCUGUUUCAUUUUGCAUUUCUCUGCAUUGGGCACCAAGCUUUGUUUUUAAAAAGAGAGAAUUUGCGGGGAAGAAGAUGAGUGUCUUCAUCUGGCACACGGAAAAAGAACUAAUAUCUAUUAAGUGCUUACUACAUGCUGGGCUUUUUAUGUAUGUUAUCUCGUGUAACCUCACCUUAUCGCAUAUGAAAGAUCCUCUCCAGAAAGCUUGUGAAAGUUACCCCACAUCACAGCAAGGAAGAGUCCAACCCUGGUGGCCUGAUUCCCAGCACCGCUCCUUCCUUUUCCCCACAGUACACCUGGGCCCACACUGUGCCUCCUUAGGGCUCUGAAAUGCUGGGAACAGAGUGGGGUGAGGAGGGUGGUCAUUCUCAGGCCAUUUUAAGCAAUAACUAUUUCAACAGAACUAGUUUAAAGAAGUUUUUAAGCAGGGAAGUGACCUGGAGUGGAAGUAUGAGUGGGAAACUUGUGUGGUCAGCACUGGAUUUCCAAUGAAGACCUGGAAUCCCUUAGGAUAGGCCAGGGACCAAGGCUGCAGACUGGCCCCUCUGCCCACAACUCUCCUGACCUUGGAAGCAGGGUACGGAGGUGUGCGUCCUAAAAUAAAGCACUGGAGCUGCUGCUACAGAGGAAGCAUCACCAGAUAUUGUAACCCUUUCGGAUGCCCAGUAGUCCUGGGAGGCAGGCAGGGCAGGUGUUAUUAUCUCUCCUUAAUAAAUGAGGACACAGACUGAGGCAGUACUAGUGACUCUAAACACCCCCUUAGUGCCACAUCAGUCUCGCCACCUCCCAGGACUAGGUGUCACGUGUCUUGACCUCUUCCCCUCUGAUUAUAAAAGUAAUAUAUGUUCAUUGUGGAAAGUUUGGAAAAUGCAGAAAAUUAAUAAUUUACCCCAAAUCCCACCAAACUGAGAUCACUGUUAAUGUUUUAGUGUAUUUCCUUCCUGUAUUUUUUCUAUGCAUAUAUAAUUUAUUUUACUACAAGAUUGGGAUCAUGCUGUAUUUACAGAUUUGUAUCCUGCUUUCUUUAACAUAUUGUGAGCAUUUUCCCAUGUCAAUAAAUAUUCUUCAAAAA